UCUUUCUCUCUCUCUCUUGUUUUUCAGUCGCUUGUCACCAGAAGCGAAUAACGGAUCCCGUUAGCCCGUAAACUGCCUGCCAGUUUUAACUUUAAACUUCGUUAAAGCGUAGUUUGGAGGGAGUUUAGCCUAAUAAUAACACCUCGCGUCCACAUUUAGGACUCUGAACUCGCGCACUGUCUCUUUAAGAGGGUUUACCCACCGACCUCCUGUUGAUCCGACAGCGUUUCCCCAUACAUUACAGUCCUUCUGUAUCUCCCGCUGGCCUCUCUGCGCUUCGCUUCAUUCAUAACGGUUUGAUUAUUUAUUUAUUUAUUCGCUUUGGAAACUUGAAGCUCAAACAUGGCAGAGGUAGGGAAAGGAGUCAACGCCGGGAAACUGGCCAGUAAUGUGCAGAAGAGGAUAACCCGAGCACAAGAGAAGGUGUUGCAGAAGUUGGGAAAGGCAGAUGAAACAAAAGACACAGCAUUUGAGGAGGAAGUGGGCAAAUUCAACAAGCAGCUGGCUGAUGGCACCAAAUUGCAGAAAGACUUGAAGGCAUAUAUGACGGCAGUGAAAACCAUGCACGAGUGUUCGAAGCGUCUGCAUGACUGUCUGGCAGAAAUGUACGACCCCGAGUGGUUUGGCAAAGAGGAGGUGGACUCCAUCGCAGAGGACACUGACCUCCUCUGGCAAGAUUUCCACCAGAAUCUUGUGGACAAUGCCCUCGUCUCAAUGGACACAUAUCUGGCUCAGUUUCCAGACAUAAAGGCUCGCAUCGCUAAGCGUGAAAGGAAGCUGGUAGAUUUUGACAGCGCCAGACAUCAUUUUGCCUCUAUACAGAAAAGCAAGAAAAAGGAUGAGGCCAAGAUUGCCAAGCCUCUGGCUCUGGUGGAGAAGGCCGCUCCCGGCUGGGCUCAGGGAAUAAUCACAGCGCAUCAGAUCGCUCAAACUAACCUCUCCAGAAACCAGGCUGAGGAAGAGUUGGGCAGAGCUCAGAAGGUGUUUGAGGAGAUCAAUUAUGAUCUCCAGGAGGAACUUCCCACCCUGUGGGACAGUCGUGUUGGCAUUUAUGUUAACACAUUCCAGAGUGUUGCCGGCCUGGAGGACAAAUUUCACAGGGACAUGGGCAAACUGAACCAGAAUCUGAGUGAUAUCAUGACCAAACUGGAUGAGCAGCGUCUAGCCAAAAAAGGUGUCACGACAGCAAGCACUGGGAAGAGUGAAGAAGCAGCCAAUCACAGCCUCUCAGAGUCCGGGUCAGACGCCCCUAAAUCACCAGCAAAGUCCAGAGAAGGACCGCCGGUGUCACGGCCGCCCAGGCCGACUUCAUCUCAGGAGGUGAAACAGGACAACACCAUUAACAUGCUUGAAGAUGAAAUGGUGCCUGACAUUAACAAUUCAACCCAGCCACAGGAGGCUGCAUGGGAUUCAUGGGAGCCCGAUCAGACCCCCGCUGCAGAGCCCUCCCAGCAGUGGGACUCGGAUGAAGAAGCUGGCCGGCAGCCGUACGAGGCUCCUCAGUGGGAGGAUGAGCCGGCUCCCUCCGUACAGCCGUAUGAACCUCCCAGCUGGGACGGGCAGGACAGCGUGUCUGCGCAGGCAGGCUGGGGUGGGGAAACAGCUGCACCUGCGCAGCUAGACUGGGAGGAUGAUGGUGCGGAGCGCUGGGGCGAGGAAGGGUCCCAGGUAGGGCUAAAGCAAGAUGCAGAUGCAAACUGGGGCAGUGGUGCGGCUCAGGCUUGGGAGGCGAAGUCAGAGCCGCCUCAGUGGGAGGAGCUUCAAAGUAAUGAAGCGCCAACAGUGACAAAUGGCUCAUCAGAUGCAGAGCUCCCUCCAUCUGUUCUCUAUAAGGUGAAAGUGAUGCAUGACUACGGAGCAACAGACAGCGAUGAACUUGAUCUGAAGGCUGGAGACAUUGUGCUCGUGCUUCCCUUUGUCAACCCAGACGAUCAGGAUGACGGCUGGUUAAUGGGUGUAAAAGAGUCCCACUGGCUUGAGAAUAAAAACCUCGUAGCUAAAGGAGUCUUCCCUGAAAACUUCACCCAGAAACUGUGAGCGGAACAGCCCUCUCACAAUCACCUGUUCUUAUACUUCGUUUUCUCACCACUUUACUGUGAUAACAUUUUUUAUAAAACAUCUUCAAAAAACAAGGGCUUCUCAAGCAAAAAACCCUAGUCUGUAUACUGCCUUCAGUUGUAGAAUUGAGGUAAGAAUGGCAUUAAAAGGCAUUAGAUUUAAUUUGCAGGAGCAUGCUUUAUACAACUUGGGUCAUGCACACAGUUCAUCCUGAUCUGUACACACAAUUCAGUCAUUUACGGGAGUGACAGCCACAUUUAAAAACGUCUUCACUGUUUGUAUACAACUGAAGAGAACAAUUAGAUGAUGCAUUUAAACUAGAUUUGUCGCUCUGCUUUAUGCAUAGUACAAGAAAGUCGCAGGGAAGGAGAUACGAGGUUUGACUUACAUAUGUUGUCAGCAAACAAGAACAAGCCAAAAUAUAAACCUAAAUAAAUCCAAAAGACAAAAUAUUGUACUGUACCUAUCUACAUAAAUUGGUGAAGCCAUAAUCCCAAAUAUGCUGAUAAUAAGUGGACUUGGCAACACAGCAGGAAAAGGCUCAGUGAAGCAGACUUUCACAAAUAAACAACUUCUCUGUCAACAGCCAUUUUGUAAAAAUAGUUGAAUGUAAUGAGCAUUUGGUUGCUGUAGUAUUACUUGGGUCAAAAACAGCACAAGACUCCAAAACAUGAUGAUUUCAGAGUUCUGCUCAGUACACACAUAAAGUGAUCAUUUAGGAAAUUCAUCCCAUAUUUUAAUGGGUUGUCACUCCCUAACCUUUACAGUGUGAACGUGGCCAUGGACAAAAUUAAAUUAAUACCUAAUAGAGAUGAAAACUGGGGCUGAUUUUAUUAUUUUUUGACGUUGGGCCAUUUUGGGAAAAUAUGAAGCAUCAGAAUGCUGAAUGUGACACACAUCAAUCAGUGAAUUACAGGGAAUUACAUCUUUUACUCUGCUUAAAGUCAACAUGAAAUUACUGUUCACAAUUCUUAAGUGCUUGUUACAUAAAUUAUACAUUAUUACAUAUAUACAUUAUUGUCCAUAAAGUAAAAUAAAUAAAAAAAAACUGUUAGAUUUUAACCAAGUAUAAAUAGAAACAAAUAGCAUCCAAGUGACAGACGCUCUACACACAAAGUUUAUUAGAUUUAAUACACUAUUAAUAUAUAUUAAUACACUAUAUACAACUGGUGGGCAAAAAGGUUCCUGCAUGAUGUCACAAAUCUGUCAGUAUCUUCCAAACCAAUCAAGUCUGAAGUCCAGUAUACAGUAUAUUCUUUUAUUCAUAAAUAUUCCAUGUUUCAGGAAAAUGCAAAAAAAAGCAUUUCAUGUUGACUUUAAAUCAGGAACAAAUGACUCUUUUGCUGGUUUUAUUAUCUCUAGAGUCUCCUGUACAUGUAGAGCCCUUACAAAAGAUAAACUGCACUGCAUGUGAGGGGUUCAUCUCAAUACUUUAAUGUUUUAAAUAUUAUAUUUAUCAAAAUCUCAUUUUAUUUGUGUUUUUUUUUGUUCUGUUAUAAAGGUCUUCAGGUAUAUGCCACCAAAGAUUUAAAAAAUUAUACAAUGGGACAAACCACUGUGUUGUACUGUAUGAGCAACAGUUAGCUUGAAACACGUUUCGCAAUGUUUUUUUUAAAUCUUUAAAAAAUAUUUGUUAUGGUUGCAUGAAUGUUUUAUAUUUCCUUUUUGAUGGGUGCACAAAAGCUUUAUUCUUAAAGUACAUGAGAAGGUCAGAUAUGUCUAUGUUUCAUAUACUAAUAUUUAAAAUAGAAAAUCAUGUCAAAAACAUACGAUUUUUGAUUUUCGUGUUGAUCUGGGAAAAUGUAGCCUGUGCUGCACUGAUACAACAGUAGGGUGGAAACACUGAAUAAACUGAGCGAGAUUUAUUCACUUACAUUACUGAGAUAGUACAGUAUCAUUCCACCACUGUAAUCAGGGCCCAAUUUGUUAUUUCAAAAGGCAGAAUUGUACCCACAUCUAUUCUGAACUCUCUCUUCUGUCAUUUGAUGAAUUACCACUGCCAUUUUCAAUAGAAAUAUGUACACAGAUGUCUCUGUUUUAAUUUUCUAUGUUAAUUAAAUCAGGAUAAAUAACACUGCAUCGUUGAGAAAUGGCAAUGACUCAUAUUCAGUAUUCAGCACCUGGUUAAAAUGAAUUGGUUGAAAUGCUACAUCCCGUUUUAAUGCUUAAUCUGUUAUCAGAUACACAGGGAACCUGCUGAUGCCAAAAUAGUGUAGAAUCUCCCAAGUAGAGUAAAUUAGCUGCUAUUUUGUGAACUCUUCCGACUGUUCCGAUUGUCGACUUGUCAGUGUGUACUGUGUAAAUCUAGAGUUUAUGUAAUAUCUCUCUCUAACCUGUUUACAUAUCAGAGCUGUAAUUUUCUUCCCUGGAAAGCUCUAUAUUUGAAUCGGUUUUUGAAUAUUAAAAGAUUUAUAAGGCCUUUGAGCAAACAGCUGCCCGAGGUCAUGUGAAUGAAAAAUGUAUGAAUGUUAAAGUGACUACAAAUAUCUGAAUGGUGAAGGUUCUGAUAUUUAAAACUGAGAUGUUUCACAUGAACUAUAUAUAGAUUUAGUCAGAAAGGGAAAAUGUCCUGCAGCAUUUUGGUAGCUUAGGAUGUUCUGUCUUAACAUGCAGUUCUCUGUAAGAAAAACCCUGUCAAGAAGCCUUCAUAUUAAAAUUAAAAUCAUACUGGACCUA